UAUUUUCUGGCGUCAACUCGGGAUGCCCCGGAGACACAGCAUUUAUUCCGUGUGCAAAACUUGGAAUUCUUUGAAGACCUCGUGGAAUGCGUGACGUGUCAACAUCCUGACGUGUCCAACUGGGAACUCGGAGCAAACAACCCACACAUGCAACUUCAUUCGGGCGAUGCGUUGGAAAGUUUGAUGGAAGAACUGGCUUUGCCGACGAAACGACAACUUCGCGUGCCAUUGAAAUCAACACCGGGCUGGGAAGCGAGUGUCGAGCUUUCUUAUCCUCCCAUUCAUAAAGAAAACGACGACGUCAAAUACCCUACACUCAUUUUCGUGAAAUCCGAUCCGACGGAAAGGAGUGUGACAACUGCGAUGCGCAUGAACCUGGCAACGUUUCUUUCGGCCACGAGGGACGUUUUGACAGUCGCCAUCGACGCCAGAGGAACAAAAGGUCGCGGGAGAAAUUUCCAGGAUUCUUUUUUCGGAAACAUCGGGAAUGCGGACGUUGAAGACAUCAUUCAUGUCGCGACUCACUUGAGCCGAACUGUGAGCAUCAUAGACGGUGACAACAUGGUUAUUUUGGGCCUUGGGUAUGGUGGCUAUGUGGCAACCAUGGCUUUGGCUCGGGCCUCGUCGCCGUUUGCCUGCGGAGCGGCUGUUGCUCCCAUCACGACGUUUUCUCUCUACAAUUCAGCUUUUUCAGAGCGACACCUGGGCUAUCCGCUAGAGAGUAAGGCGAACCAGCGUAGGUAUUUAGCAACAGACGUGUCGCUUCAAGUGGAAGGUUUGCGAGAGAAACCCUUCUUGCUCAUUCACGGCAGUGCCGAUGAAACCGUUCCUCUUCGACAUUCCAUGCUGCUUUCGGCUGCUUUGACAGACAAGGCGAUCCCAUUUCGUCAAGUGGUAUAUCCAGACCAGCCACACGAGUUGUCAGGAGUCCUUGACCACGCAGAUGACUUGCUAGCGGAAUUCUUCGACGAAUGUUUCCAAGAAUGGUCAAUCAAAAGAGAAGCCUUGAAAGAUGAUUAACAAAAAGUGGGCUUCCGCUACUGAGCUACACCUUUCUUUUUUUAAUGAAAUGGGUCCCAUGUUGUAUUUUCAAAAUCCAGUGAUUUUUUUCACGGGCACACAAUGCCACGUUGUCCCGGUUGUCUUAUUUCCAAUUGCUCGUUUUUUAGGAAACGUCGAACAAUCUGUUUUGGUCUUUUUAUUUACAGUGUUUUUUUGCAGUUGGCAACUUGAUUCGUAUUUGCUGCUGAAAAAGUAUAUAGGGACGUUCUUUUUGGCAUGAACUAUGUGCCGUCAUUGCUGUGAAAUGAAUUUAGGCUGAAAUGCAACGACAUGCUGUCGAAAAA